CGUGCUCCGAACUACGGGUGCCGGCUUGAGGUCCAGCGCCGUUGGCGGCGGCGCAGUCGCCGAGAGGGCGGCCGACCGGCGGGCGCUUCGCGGUUUGAAUGGCUGCGGGCCCGGGCCCUCGGCUCACCUGAGGACCUGCCGCACAGGUGUACGCUAUGCCGUCGGGAGGCGACCAGUCGCCGCCGCCCCCGCCUCCCCCUCCGGCGGCGGCGGCCUCAGAUGAGGAGGAGGAGGACGAUGGCGAGGCGGAGGACGCCGCUCAGCCGGCCCGGUCGCUGGCCCCUCAGACCCAGCAGCGGUUUGACGAGCUGUGCAGCCGCCUGAACAUGGACGAGGCGGCGCGGGCCGAGGCCUGGGAGAGCUACCGGAGCAUGAGCGAGAGCUACACGCUGGAGGGAAAUGAUCUUCAUUGGUUAGCAUGUGCCUUAUAUGUGGCCUGCAGAAAAUCUGUGCCAACUGUAAGCAAAGGGACAGUUGAAGGAAACUAUGUAUCUUUAACUCGAAUCCUGAGAUGUUCAGAGCAGAGCUUAAUUGAAUUUUUUAACAAGAUGAAGAAAUGGGAAGACAUGGCCAAUCUCCCUCCACAUUUCAGAGAACGUACUGAGAGAUUAGAAAGAAACUUCACUGUUUCUGCUGUAAUUUUUAAGAAAUAUGAACCCAUCUUUCAGGACAUUUUUAAAUAUCCUCAAGAGGAGCAGCCGCGUCAACAAAGAGGACGAAAACAGCGGCGACAGCCCUGUACCGUGUCUGAAGUUUUCCAUUUUUGUUGGGUGCUUUUUAUAUAUGCAAAAGGUAAUUUUCCCAUGAUUAGUGAUGAUUUGGUUAAUUCUUAUCAUCUUCUGCUGUGUGCUUUGGACUUAGUUUAUGGAAAUGCCCUUCAAUGUUCCAAUCGUAAAGAACUUGUGAACCCUAAUUUUAAAGGUCUAUCUGAAGAUUUUCACGCUAAGGAUUCUAAACCUUCCUCCGACCCACCUUGUGUUAUUGAGAAACUGUGUUCCUUACAUGACGGCUUAGUUUUGGAAGCAAAAGGAAUAAAGGAACAUUUCUGGAAACCUUAUAUUAGGAAGCUUUAUGAAAAAAAGCUCCUUAAGGGAAAAGAAGAAAAUCUUACUGGUUUUUUAGAACCUGGGAAUUUUGGAGAGAGUUUUAAAGCCAUCAGUAAAGCCUAUGAGGAGUAUGUUUUAUCUGCUGGGAAUCUGGAUGAGCGGAUUUUCCUGGGCGAGGAGGCUGAAGAGGAGAUUGGGACCCUCUCAAGGUGCCUGAACACUGGCUCAGCAACAGAGACUGCUGAGAGGGCGCAGAUGAAGAGCAUCCUGCAGCGGCACUUUGACAGGUCUAAAGCACUUAGAGUCUCCACACCACUUACCGGUGUGAGGUACAUUAAGGACAGCAGCCCUUGUGUGACUCCAGUUUCUACAGCUACACACAGCUUGAGUCGCCUCCACACCAUGCUCACCGGCCUCAGGAAUGCACCAAGUGAGAAGCUGGAACAGACCCUCAGGUCAUGUUCCAGAGAUCCAACCCAGGCUAUUGCCAACAGAUUGAAAGAAAUGUAUGAGAUAUAUUCUCAGCAUUUCCACUCAGAGGAGGAUGGCAGUAAUUGUGCUAAAGAUAUUGCCAGCAAACAUUUUCGUUUUGCAGAGAUGCUUUACUAUAAAGUAUUAGAAUCUGUUAUUGAGCAGGAACAAAAAAGACUGGGAGACAUGGAUUUAUCUGGCAUUCUGGAACAAGAUGCAUUCCACAGAUCACUCUUGGCGUGCUGCCUUGAGGUCGUCACUUUUUCUUAUAAGCCUCCUGGGAAUUUUCCAUUUAUUACUGAAAUAUUUGAUGUGCCACUUUAUCAUUUUUACAAGGUGAUAGAAGUAUUCAUUAGAGCAGAAGAUGGCCUUUGUAGAGAGGUGGUAAAACACCUUAAUCAGAUUGAAGAACAAAUCUUGGAUCAUUUAGCUUGGAAACCAGAGUCUCCGCUCUGGGACAGGAUUAGAGACAAUGAAAACAGAGUUCCCACGUGCGAAGAGGUCAUGCCACCUCAGAACCUGGAAAGAGCAGAUGAAAUUUGUAUUGCUGGCUCCCCUCUGACUCCCAGAAGGGUGAGUGAAGUUCGUGCUGAUACUGGAGGACUCGGAAGAAGCAUAUCAUCUCCAACCACACUGUAUGAUAGGUACAGCUCCCCAACAGCCAGUUCUACCAGAAGGCGACUGUUUGUGGAGAAUGACAGCCCCACGGAUGGAGGGACCCCUGGACGCAUUCCCCCGCAGCCUCUAGUCAAUGCUGUCCCCAUGCAGAAUGUAUCUGGGGAGGCUGUAUCUGUCACACCAGUUCCUGGACAGACCUUGGUCACCAUGGCAACAGCCACCGUCACAGCCAACAAUGGACAAACAGUGACCAUUCCUGUACAAGGUAUUGCCAAUGAGAAUGGAGGAAUAACGUUCUUCCCAGUCCAAGUCAAUGUUGGGGGGCAAGCACAAGCUGUGACCGGCUCCAUCCAGCCCCUCAGUGCUCAGGCCCUGGCUGGAAGCUUAAGCUCGCAACAGGUGACAGGAACAACCUUGCAAGUCCCUGGUCAGGUGGCCAUUCAACAGAUUUCCCCUGGCGGACCACAGCCGAAACAAGGCCUGCCUUUAACCAGCAGCAGUGUCAGACCCAGGAAGACCAGCUCUUUAUCGCUUUUCUUUAGGAAGGUUUAUCACUUAGCAGGUGUCCGCCUUCGGGAUCUUUGUGCUAAAUUGGAUAUUUCAGAUGAACUGAGGAAAAAAAUCUGGACCUGCUUUGAAUUCUCCAUAAUUCAGUGUCCUGAACUUAUGAUGGACAGACAUCUGGACCAGUUGUUAAUGUGUGCCAUUUAUGUGAUGGCAAAGGUCACAAAAGAAGACAAGUCUUUCCAGAAUAUUAUGCGUUGCUAUAGGACUCAGCCACAGGCCCGGAGCCAGGUGUAUAGAAGUGUUUUGAUAAAAGGGAAAAGGAGAAGAAGAAAUUCUGGCAGCAGUGACAGCAGAAGCCAUCAGAAUUCUCCGACAGAACUAAACAAGGACAGAACCAGCAGAGACUCCAGUCCUGUCAUGAGGUCCAGCAGCACCUUGCCAAUCCCACAGCCGAGCAGCGCCCCUCCUACCCCGACUCGCCUCACGGGGGCCAACAGUGACGUAGAGGAGGAAGAGAGGGGAGACCUCAUCCAGUUCUACAACAACAUCUAUAUCAAACAGAUUAAAACGUUUGCCAUGAAGUACUCACAGGCAAAUGCAAUAGAUGCUCCUCCACUCUCUCCCUAUCCAUUUGUAAGAACAGGCUCUCCUCGCCGAAUACAGUUGUCUCAGAACCAUCCUGUCUACAUUUCCCCGCAUAAAAAUGAAGGGAUGCUUUCUCCUCGAGAAAAGAUUUUCUACUACUUCAGCAACAGUCCUUCAAAGAGACUGAGAGAAAUUAACAGUAUGAUACGGACAGGAGAAACUCCAACCAAAAAGAGAGGGAUCCUUUUGGAAGAUGGAAGUGAAUCACCUGCAAAAAGAAUCUGCCCAGAAAAUCAUUCUGCCUUAUUACGUCGUCUCCAAGAUGUAGCUAAUGACCGAGGUUCCCACUGAGUGCUUGCCAUCAAGGCUGCCUAGAAUCCAACACAGUUGGAUUUUUUAACUCUUUGGCAAAGCUAUUCCAAGUAUUACAAGUACUGCAGAGAAUGAAGCGUACUCGUGUGUAGAAGAGGUCUCUGUUAAUGUGUUCCAGCAGAGGAACCAUAUUUCAGUUCAUUCCUGUUUUGUGGUCAGCCCUGGCCCUCAUGAAAAGCGAAACUUGGCAUUUCAUCCUGAAACACUUGGUAGGAGUGUGAGAUUUCUGCAUUCCUAAAAGGUAACAAAUUGGGAAAGCGCCCAGAUUUGGAGGUCCCGGGUAACCAGUCCAAGUCUCCCGUCUCCUUUGUGUAAUUCUUCCCGACCCCAGUAGGUGUCGUGCAGUGUGACAAGUCUUUGAUUAGUGUGCAAUGUGUGAGUGAACUUGUAUAAGAAGUGGCACUUUAGGGCUGUAAAAAGCAUGAUUUUGUAACCCAGAUUUUGCUGUAUAUUUGCGAUGGCACUUUCUACAAUGUGAACUUUAUUAAGUACAAAACUUCUAGGCUUAAUAUCUUCUUUGAUGCUUUUGUACUUUUUUAAAAUUGUUAAAGCCCCAGUAGCUACCUUUUGGGCAAGUGUUUUAAAUUCUCCAUUUUUGUUGAUAGGGAUCAGCUGGCUAAGUAAAGAUUUUAAAUCAAGUUGAAUUAAGGGGAUUAUUAUGAAAAAUUAUGACCUCUUCCUUUAGGAGGUAGUUAUCCAAAAAGACGUGUCUUUAUUAAGGUGGUAUUUUUAAAUGUCUUUGGGUGUGUUCCUGGAAGUUUAAAAAAAUAGAUUGGAGAAUUUUAGGUUUUUAUUAGUACACAGUACCAUUUAUACAGAUUAGAAAAUGUUAAUUUAACAGCUACUGAAUUAUCUAUAUAUACCUUUAUUAAUCACUAUUGUUCCAGCAGUUUUAAAGUUGAAUGAAUAAUCUUAUUAGGGAGAAAGUUCAAUUGUAAAUUGAAUCAGUAUAAACAAAGUUACUAGGUAACUUCAUAUUGCUCUGAAAGAAAUAUGGAACUUACACUGUUCAAUUAGAAUAGUGUUCUGCAAAAAUAUUUAUAAAACCUCUCAAGAUACUGCUACUGUAAUUUUAUAUGAAAAUAAGUGUAUUUUUCAAUAAAGCAUUUAUAAAUUAA